UGUUCCGGAACUGCCCUUCUGUGGAGAGGAAGACGGACAACAUGGUGUCCAACCAGGUGCCAAGGAGCACCCUCCUCAGCGCCCUGGAGGAGAAACGGCGCCACCAGAUGAAGAAAUACCUGCUCCAUCGACUCUUUUUUGUGGCGCUGCUGAGAGAUGAAGUCCAUGAUGGAGAGGUCAGAGCUUACCACGAGCACCUUUUCCAGAAGAUUGCCAAGUUCCACCUGGGGGAAUCGGCCUCGGGCGUCCUUCUGAUCUAUUCCCACUGCGUCCUCCAUAUCCUUGAGGCAUCCAGUGGCACACUCUACCACAUCCUUAAGGACUUGGCAGCCUUGGAAAAUCAAGGCCCAGCGGCCUUGCUGCAGGACAUAAAGAUCCUGGUGAUCUCUCACAACAUCCCAACCAGACUCUUCUCACAGUGGAACGCCACAAUGGUGGAGGUGCCCAUUACUCUGGAAGAUGUCACGCAGAGCCAGACGACCGAGGAAGUCAUUACCGAGUGCCUGACACUCAUCCUCAGACUGGGAGUGUACCUUGCAACCCUGAAGGUGGGCAAUAAAGGCCUGGGGGAUUGCCUCCACAAUGUUGUGCCCGAGCUUCUGAUCCCAGCAGAAACCAUCAGGUGCCUGUGCAAAGCCAAGGAAUGCUUGAGUCCAGGGGAGUUUCUGAAGAUGUACCAUGAUCCUUUACAGCCCAGAAUGGAUUCAGAGACCGUGUGGCCCACUCACACUCAUCUGUUCAUAUGAAAGCCUAGACUUCCUCCCAACGGCCCCUGAUCGCACACAGGGUAUCAGGAGAGAAUGUGAGGGAGAAACUGUGGCUGAACGCUAGCCAAGUCCGCUUUCUAACUUGACCUUUGAUGCCCACUGAACCUCUCCCAGCCACACCUAGGGAAGCAAUAAAGGCGUUAGCAAGGCUU